AUGGCCGGCUCCGUCUCCGGCUCCGGCGAUAUGGUGAAGCCCGUGCUGGGUAUGGUGUCGUUUCAGGUGGUGUUCGCCGGCCUCAACAUCUUCUACAAGCUGGCCGUGUCCGACGGCAUGGAUUUGAGGGUGCUGGUCGCCUACCGCUACCUGUUCGCCUCCGCCUUCCUAGCGCCGCUCGCGUACUUCCUCGAGAGGAAGAGCCGAACAAAGGUGACGUGGAGAGUGCUGGGGCUGUCUUUUGUGUGCGGCCUCACCGGGGGCUCGGUGGCGCAGAACCUGUACAUCGCCGGCAUGAAGGUGACGACGGCCACCUUCGCCACCGCGACCACCAACCUCCUCCCUGCCGCCACCUUCCUCCUCGCCCUCGCCUUCCGCCAGGAGAGGCUCGCGAUCCGCACCUUCUCCGGCCAGGCCAAGGUCGCCGGCACCUUCCUCGGCAUUGGAGGCGCCAUGCUGCUCACCUUCUACAAGGGCGUCGACAUCACGCCCUGGCACAGCAGCGUCAAUCUCAUCGCAGCCACGUCGCACCACCCGGCCGCCGCCGGGAAUGAGGCCACCGCCAACUACGCCAUGGGCUCGCUGCUCUGCAUCACCAGCUGCUUCUUCUACGCGCUCUGGCUCGUCAUCCAGUCCAAGCUCAGCAGGGAGUACCCGCACCACUACACCAGCACCGCCCUCAUGUGCGUCAUGACCACCCUGCAGUCCUCGGCGUUCGCGCUCUGCUUCGACAGGGACGCCGUGCAGUGGCGCCUCCGCUUCGACAUCCGCCUCCUCGCCGUCGUGUACGCCGGCAUCAUGGCGUCGGGCGUGAUGCUGGUGGUGAUGUCGUGGUGCGUCAAGCGGCGCGGCCCCCUGUUCGUGUCCGUCUUCAACCCGCUGAUGCUGCUGGUGGUGGCCGUGCUCAGCUCGCUGCUGCUGGGAGAGAAGAUGCACCUCGGCACCGCGCUGGGAGCGGUGCUCAUCGUCGCGGGGCUCUACACCGUGCUCUGGGGCAAGGGGCACGAGACGCCGGCAAACGAGGUGGCCAAGGUCAGCGAGCUGCCCACGACCGUGAACAACGACGACAAGCGCGUCGACGUGGCGGCGCCACCGCGCCUGUUCGCAGCAAACUCAAUCUGAUCAGCCCCGCUACGUACGCCGCAAAGCAACCUCAGUAUGUAUGAGAAAUUAAGACGAUUCUAGAAGUACAAGAACUCGCAACGAGAUGAACUCAACUCACCUUACCCGCCGUAAGUUCAAUGUAUUAUCUUCAUGACUAGUAGUAUAUACUUGUACUUGUUUGUAAUGUUGUUGAAACAAAUCACCUUAGCUUGUUCGCCAAGGGUUUAUCAUGAUUAGUUAAUCAUCAGCU